AUGUCUCAUUUUAGCUUGGUUUCAACCUCACCAUCAUCCGAUACCUCCUCAGCAUCAUCAGCACCAACUUUUGAAAAUUAUAAUUUCCAAAUUUACAGAGGACAGCAACAACCACAAGAUGAUGAUAACACCAAAUCGGAAUCAUCCACUUCUCAUCAAGAAUUUUUGAAACUUGCUCAUUCCUAUAAUUACAGCCUUUCUCAAAAAGAGCUUGCCAUCACACUUGAUGAAAAUGACCCAUUAAAACACAUGAGAAAUGAAUUUAAUUAUCCCGAUAUGAUUCCAAGUGAGUUCAUUCAAGAGAACAAGGAUCAUUCAGAAUGUGUGAAAAAGCGAGUCAUGUAUUUUUGUGGAAAUUCACUCGGAUUACAACCAAAAUCGUUGGCUCAUAAUAUUGAAAAAGAACUCACCAAAUGGUCUCAUAUUGGUGUAGAGGGUCAUUUCAGUUCAGCAUUUGGUACUAACAAGUGGUUCCAGGUUGAAGAAUCGGUAAAGAAUGCAAUGGCUAAGAUUGUAGGAGCAAAACCAAUUGAAGUUACAGUGAUGAAUAGCUUGACUGCGAAUUUACAAGUUUUGCUCAUGUCUUUUUACAGACCUACCAAACAAAAGUACAAAAUUCUCAUUGAACAAUUUCCAUUUCCAAGUGAUAUGCAUGCUGUAACUUCUCACAUUAAAUGUAGAAUUGGAGAGUUGAGAGCAAUAUUUGAAAAUGAAAAUUUAACAAGUGAUGAAAUUGUUGAGAAGUGUAUUGUUCAAGUUGGACCACGUGAAGGUGAAGAAAUAUUGAGAACGGAGGAUAUUGUCGAUUGCUUGAAGAGUGAUUCUCAUAUUUGUGUCUCAUUAAUUGGUGGAGUGCAAUUCAUGACUGGUCAAUGCUUUGAUAUGAAGACUAUUGCCAAGACAUGUCAAGAGUGUGGAAUUAUUUGUGGAUUUGAUUUAGCUCAUGCUGCUGGCAAUAUUGAUUUACGAUUGCACGAAUGGGGUUGUGACUUUGCGUGUUGGUGCUCUUACAAAUAUCUCAAUAGUGGUCCAGGUGGAAUUAGUGGAAUAUUUGUCCAUGAAAAACAUGCCUAUGAGAAUAUGGAUGAACGUCCUCGUUUCAUGGGAUGGUGGUCUAGAGAUGCACAAACAAGAUUUUCUCUGUCGUCUAAGUUUAGUCCUCAACCAGGAGCAGCUGGUUUCCAAAUGUCAAAUCCAUGUAUUUUGAGCAUGACAGCAAUUUUGUCAAGUCUUAAAGUUUUUGAAAUGAUUGAACAAGAUGGUCAAAUUAUGAGUGUUCUUAGAAAGAAAUCUGUCUUGCUUACGACCUAUCUAGAAUUAUUAUUGAGACAAGAGUUGGGUGAUAAAAUUCAAAUCAUCACUCCAAGCGAUUCUAACAUGAGAGGCUGUCAACUCUCCGUGCGUGUGAUUGGUAAAAACUUGCAUCAAGUGGAUAACGCUUUGAAGAAGAGAGGAAUCAUUAUUGAUACACGCGAACCUGAUAUUAUCAGAGUUUCACCUGUUCCACUCUAUAAUCAAUUUAUUGAGGUUUUUGACUUUGUGAGUAAUUUCAAGGAAAUUUUGAAUGAAUAA